UUACAGAUUCACAACGAGUACAACGAAAACAAUAUAGCCAUAUCGCCUUAUGGGGCCUUGAGUGUGCUGAUAGCUCUUGGAGAAGGCCUCCAAGGAGAAGCUGUCAGAGAAAUUCAAAACGCAGCUCACAUUCCCAAUGAUAUUUCCCUAAUUCGAGUUGGACUGAGAGAUAUUCAUAGACAUUUGAAGAGUUAUUUCAUUCCGAAAGAAGGAUUCUUGGCUGGGUUGACCUUAAAUCACGAAAAUGUAACUUUACGACCUAUAUAUCAAGAAAUAUUGAAAUUCUAUGGCUUUGACGCCCCAUCCUUCAAUAAUGCCCUGUAUCCCGAACCACAAACAACAGAAAAACCUUCUUCCACUGUGAAUUCUCAGACAACUCAACCUUUUCUUACAACCCCACCAAUAUUAAGUACCACAGCAACUCCUCCAUCCAGUGAAGAUAAAAUACCUGCGACAACGACUGAAGUCACCACCACAAUAUCAGGAGGUGCUAGAGAACUCGAUCCGGUAACAUCAACACCACCCACCACUUCAGAAACCGUACCUACGACGCAGUCUUACACGAGUAAAACAGAGCAAAUAUUCACAUUACAACCAGAAUUUAUGAUAGCAACAACUACUGAAGAACCACAAAACGCCACUCUAGUGCCAGUAGUAACAACAACAACAAAAGCAGGAAUCGAAACUCCGUCUACAACUUCAAUAACAACACAACAACCAACCACAACUUCAAAACUAGCAAUAGCGACCGCGCAGACAUCUACAUUAGAGCCAGCAAUAACUACACCAGAGCCUGUCAUUUCGACAGAAUUACCUACCAUCACAACCUUUCAGCCAGUAAGUGACAAACUAGAAGCAGUAACCACUACUAUGGAAACAUUAAUCACAACACUUCAACCAGUAGCAACCACGAUCCAGCCAGCAACCGUCACAUCUGAGCUAGUAAUUACUACUCCUGAAUUAGUGAUCACGACACCAAAAUCAGUAACAACUACAGUAGAACCAGUAAUCUCCACACUUGAACCAGUAAUUACAACAAUAGAGCCAGUUAUUACGACACUCGAACCAGUAAUUACGACAACUGAAGCAGUAAUCACGACAGUAGAACCAGUAACCACGACAAAUGAAGAAGUAAUCACGACACUAGAACCUGUAACCACGGCAACUGAAGCAGUAAUCACGACACUAAAACCAGAAACCACGUCAAGUGAAGCAGUAAUCACGACACUAGAACCAGUAACCACGACAACUGAAGCAGUAAUCACGACACUAAAACCAGUAACCACGACAAGUGGAGCAGUAAUCACGACACUAGAACCAGUAACCACGACAACUGAAACAGUAAUCACGACACUAGAACCAGUAACCACGACAAGUGGAGCAGUAAUCACGACACUAGAGCCAGUAACCACGAAAACUGAAGAGGUGAUCACGACAUUAGAACCUUUUACCCCGACAAUCGAAGCAGUAAUUACAACACUAGAACCAGUAGUCACAACACUGGAACCAGAAAUGACUAUAAAACCAGAAAUCAUAGGUGAGUCAGUAAUCACCACAUUCGAGCCAGUAAUCACAGCAGCAGCACGCGAUGGUACCACUCUGGAACCAGAAAGUGAGACGCAUUUUGACAAUACUACAACCGACCCAAUGACUAUAACGUCUCAACAGGAGGUAGUGAUUACUACUUUAGUAACGGGGACAACCGAAACAGAACAGUUGAUUACCAAGAGUGUCUCUGAACCAGAAACUAAUGUUGUAUUGGACGUUGAUUCAGUAUCUAACUCAGAACCUACUGUGACUGAAGACGUGAAUACUGUCACAUCUAACGACCCUGAAGAAAACCCAACAAGUACUUACUCAUCCACAUCAGUGGUUUCAAAUGAACCAACAGAGAUCCCCCAAAAAAAUAUCAGUGACAAUGAGAUUUUGCCAGACGACAGCGAAGGUCCAGGAUUUGCUGGAGCAUCCCAAAGAAGAGCAAGAUCCCAGUUCAACGUGAUAGAGCUAAAUAGAUGGCGUGAGAAACCCACUACUAAUCGAAGAAGGAAAGCCAGAUCAAUGGCUGACUACGUCAUUGCCAGAUACUACGACAACCACGCCUCACAUCCCCAUUUCCACAGGCCCUUCAUGGGUGAGGAGCAGCCCAGCUUUCUGGUCCAAGGAAAGUACAAGCAGUACGGAAUCAACUUCAUGAAGUACGACACGGUAUUGCCUUUUGUUUACAUUAUUCAUUUGGAUGCCAUAGCCUUGGCUUUCCCCCUGGACAGUUCAAAGUACUACUUGUUGCUUCUUCUACCUAGAGAUGAGCAGGGGGUCGACAAACUUAUCUGUGAUUUACAAAGGAACGGAAAUUUGAGGUCCGUAGUGGAUAAUUUGAGAUAUAGACGUGUAGUUGCCACGAUUCCCAGCUUCAUGUUGAAGGGCUAUGUGAAUCUUACUCCUAGUUUUCAAGAGCUAGGAAUAAAGAGGGUAUUCGAGCCUAGGCAGUCCGAUUUUUCACCAAUGACAGACCAGCAAGGAAUUUAUGUGAGAAACAUAGAACAAGCCAUUACCGUUAACAUAAGGAACUAUGUAGAUCCUAAUACUUUGGGGAGUAAUAGAAGACAAGAAGACGAGGAACCGAUUGAAUUCAACGCUGAACACCCUUUUCUUUAUUUUGUAAUGGAUUCUGAACUACAUAUAGUUCUUAUGGAAGGAAAGGUUGUAAAUCCACUCAAUUCUAGAAUAAGAUAAUAAAUAUUCAAGAAAAAAA